GUGUGUUAAUUUUGUUUAGUAUUAAUCUUCUCUACAUUUAGCAAAACCCCUCCAGCGUUAAUUUUGUUUAAGUAUUAAUCCUAAACAAACCCCGUCGACACACUCCAAUCCCCUCCCCUCCUCCCCCUUGCCCAUCUCCUGCCAUUUCGCAUCAAUGGCGACCUCUCUCCGCUCAUUCGCCGCCCAAAUCCCAGCGAACCCUCGCGCUCUCCCCAAAGGCGAGGCCUUUACCGGCUCUCACCUCUCCGUCCCCUUCGAUUCGAGGUUGAGGAGUGGGGGUUUGAUUCUUCGGAGCAGGCUUAGUCGAUCGGUGGUGGCUCCGAGGGCAUCGGUGUCGGUGGUUCCGAACGGGAGCGUUCGUGAUGGGAUUAAGAAGGAUGAGAGGCCGAUUAUUGUUAUUGAUAACUAUGAUAGCUUCACUUACAACUUGUGCCAGUAUAUGGGUGAGCUGGGAGCAUAUUUUGAAGUAUAUCGUAAUGAUGAACUAACUGUGGAGGAUGUAAAAAGGAAGAAUCCAAGAGGAAUACUUAUUUCCCCAGGACCUGGUGCACCUCAAGAUUCUGGGAUAUCAUUACAAACUGUUUUAGAACUUGGACCAUCAAUCCCAUUAUUUGGAGUUUGCAUGGGCUUGCAGUGUAUAGGAGAAGCUUUUGGAGGAAAGAUUGUGCGUGCUCCUUCCGGCGUAAUGCACGGGAAAAGUUCGCUCGUCUAUUACGAUGAGAAGAAAGAGCCUAGUUUAUUUCAUGGUUUGCCCAAUCCAUUUACAGCUGGAAGAUAUCAUAGCCUUGUCAUAGAGAACGAUACCUUUCCUAGUGAUGCUCUAGAGAUUACGGCAUGGACCGAAGAUGGACUUGUAAUGGCCGCUCGGCACAAGAAAUACAAACAUAUCCAGGGAGUUCAGUUUCACCCCGAGAGCAUCAUCACCUCAGAAGGCAAAAAGAUUGUUCUCAAUUUCAUUAAGUUUGUCGAGGAACUGGAGUCGAAGACGCAGAUGAAAGCGAACCAGAUGUAGAAUGAUGUAAAAUUAGUUGUGAAUGAAACCAUGUCAAUUUAAUUUUUUUAGCUGCGGGGAGGCAGGCCUGAAUAGAUGUUCUCUCUCAUUUAGCACAAAUAAUGAAAGAAGAUGGUUUUUCCCAUGUUGU